AUGAAGCGGGGAGGAAAAUCCCGCAGCCCCGGCGGCUCUAUAAGAGCUGUGCCCGGCGGCAUCGAGGGGCAGAUCGAGAUCGAGGAGAUGAUGGAGAUGGAGCGGAGCGGCAGCACCGGGAACAGCACCGGGAGAACAGGGAACGGCACCGGGAGCACCGGGAGAACCUGGAACAGCACCGGGAAUGGCACCGGGAGCAUCACCGGGAGAACCAGGAGCGGUACCGGUACCGGGCGAGCAUUGCUGCUGUGCCUGGUGCUGCUGCUGCCCCCGGUCCGGGCACUGCCCACCCCUGACAGGACACUGUCCAUCCCUGACCGGACACUGUCCAGAGCUGUCCGGGCACUGCCCACCCCGCCGUGCUCCUGCCUGAACCGCUCCCGGGAGCUGCUGGAAGCCGCCACCGCCUGCCUGCAGCAGCUGAAGGAACUCGAUAUCCUGGGAUUUGAGUGCACCCUGGAGGAGGUGAAUGUGGAGGACAUCACUGAGAACCAAAUCAACACCAUCAGAGCCUGCACAGCUGCAGAGCCUGGAAAUUGCCCAGCUCUGGAAAAAUCAACUUUUGAUAAGGGAAGAUGCCUGCAGGGCAUCUCUGAGGAUGUGAGAUCCUACAGGGCCCAGCUGGGGACCCUGCAGCACCCUCAGCUGCUGGGGGCUCUCGACAGGAUGCUGGAGGCCCUGGGCAGCUGCACUGGGAAGGCUCCGGAGGCGCCGUUGGGAUUGGGAUCAUCGGGAUCGGGAUUGGGAUCAUCAGGAUCAUCAAAAUUGGGACCAUUGGGAUUGGGAUCAUCAGGAUCACCAGGAUCAGCAUCAUUGGGAUCAUCAGGAUCACCUGGAUCAGCAUCAUUGGGACCAUUGGGAUCAGGAUCACCGGGAUCAGGAUCGGGAUCAUCGGGAUCGGGAUUAUUGAGAUCGGGAUCAUCGGGAUCACCGGGAUCAGGAUCACCAGGAGCAUUGGGCUCAGGACCAUGUGGCUCACUGGGAUCAGGACCAUGUGGCUCCCAGGGCUCACUGGGAUCUCUGGGAUCUCUGGGAUCCCUGGGCUCGGCGCCGUUCCCCGCCCGCCUGCGGCUCUGCGCGAUGCUCCAGGCUCUGCGGCUCCGCAGCGUCACCAUCAGCAGGAUGCUGAACUUCCUGAGCUCCCUGUGAGCCCAGAACCCCUCAGCACCCACAACCCAGGGCACUGUGCCUUUCCAACCCCCUAAAUUCCCAGGUUGGGGAAAGCAAAGUGUUCCCAACUGGAAUUUCUCCCUGUUCAUUCUGGGUUCUCAGGAACUGAGAGCGAGGGAUGGUAAUUCCUUGUCUUGGGGAUCCUUUCCAACUCAGGAAAUUCUGCUCCAUGAUGGAUUUAGGAUGAGAUUCCAUUCUAUUCCCUGAUUUGUUUAUGAUAUUCCUUGAUUUGAGAUUCCAUUCUAUUCCCUGAUUUAUUCAUGAUGAUAUUCCAUUCUAUUCCCUGAUUUAUUGAUGAUAUUCCUUGAUUUGAGAUUCCAUUCUAUUCCCUGAUUUAUUUAUGAUAACAUUCCAUUCUAUUCCCUGAUUUAUUUAUGAUGAUAUUCCAUUCUA